AUGCUCUGGGAAAAAGAUGGCGCUUCCAAAGCUGCCUUGAAGCACUUUUUCCAGUCUCAUUUGACAUCCACCCCUGCCUUUCGCCAUUCACCUUCCAAAGUCACUAUUCAACUCUACUACUAUGCCGAUCCUGCUUUCACCAACCUUGCUGAUUUCAAGAUGGAACCUUUAGAAAAACUCAUCAGCUCACUUUAUCCCGGCAAAUACGUUGAUUUGCGCUUGAUUCGAGUUCAUUACCCAUACAUGAAUGCUGAAAUCUUGGCUCAAUACUUGACUAUCAACUCAGAACGUAUUGGCUGGUCUCAACUCACACGUAGAUUCAUGAAGGGCGUUCCUUUGGUAAAGCCCCCACUUCCUCAUAACAUGCCUUUUGGUGUUCAAUGGAACAGUUUAUUGCCUCAGACAGCUAAUGGUCAAUUGACAUCGGCCAUUCAAGGUAUUAAAUAUCAAGUGUCAGGUCGUUUGGGUCGUAGAAAGGGUGCUUCAAGAACACAAGUGAUGCGCAAAUCACUCGGUACUUUCCAAUUCACAAGUCAUAAGUCCCUAGUGGAUGUAGGUCGCCAUACAUUUGCAAACAAGAAUGGUAGUAUCACUGUUAAGGUUUGGAUUGCUUCUGCUUUAUUUGGUGUCAAUGCUUUAGGAAACAAGCUUGGUAAGAAGGCUAUUGAAUCUGCUGCUAAACUUUAA